UGUCAUCGUCGGUUCCUCGUGCCCUUCAUCUCCCAACCUCGACCGAUUUCCCCCGUUACCAGGAAGUCCUAGGCCCGUCCUCUCAAAUACAUAGCUCCAUCUGAGAAGCACAAUUGUGCUAGGGGAUCUCUAUUCGUCACCUUCAUCUAUUUGUCCACCCUUCCUACCAAGAUCUUAGUAUCCUAACCCUUAGCUAUCCCAUUCCUUUACCCACUCGCCCUUCGCCUAUUCCACGGAAUGCAGCACAAACUCAAAUCCCUCUUGCAUAAAGCGGAGCGCAAGAGAGACACAGAAGGAGCAGACACGCGAUUCGGUCUCUUACCCACAGUCCAUGGCUCAGUCCCGGCUCCAUCCACCACGCACUAUGACCAGGGCAAUCAACCAGGUGGCCGCAGCAGCAUAGAAAACAAGGGGGAGAGGGAAAUCACGGCAUCCUCUCCUACCUACGCCCACGAAGAGGACACACAAGUUCCAAUCCGCCGUCCUGUUGAAAAAAGUAGCGGUAAUGCGUACGAUACCAGAGCCCUCGAUGCCAAUAUCCAGGACAGCAGCGGUCAUGUUCCCCCGGUCCCUGAGCAAGGAGAAAAGAAUUGGGAUGCUCCUGUAGCCCGAAAGGCAGUAGUGGCGGGAAAAGAGAUUCCGGAUCUGGAGCACAGUGAGCAAGUAGACGUUUCCACGCGGUGGGCCCCUGCCGUCACACACGAACGCCUCAAACAAACAACAACGCACAUCACCCAACCCGUCAUCUACCGCGAGAUCCACAACCACGACAUCUACCCGCGCAUCCAGCCCGUGCUGCAGACCGAAAUCCUACCUGCACGGCACUUCGUCCCGGACCCGGCGGAUCCCGAGGGAAAAGGAUUGCUUGAGGUUGAAGGGGAUGAGGUUCCGGAGCGCUGGAGGAGGAGGGAGUGGGAAUGGAAUAGGGUUUUGCGGGGAGGUGGUGAGAUAGUUACGGCGAAGGAGGGGAAGGACGGUCAUAAUAGGUUUGAGGAGAAAUCUUCCUCUACCACCGGUUCGGAUUCGUCUGCAAGUCCCACCAGUACACCUAUCCCGUCUUCUACCUUCUCCUCCAAGCCCCGCAUCGUCGACGAGAGGAAGUACACCACACCCGAUGGUUUCGAGCGCACCGAGACCACGAUCGUGCAUCCGGCGCGGUUGGAAGAUAUGCGGGACUACCGUGGGCCGAGGGAGACGGUGCACUUUCAUGAUCGGCGAGGAGCUAGCUGGGGGAAAGACGAGGAGCAGCAGCAGCAGCAGCAGCAGCAGCAGCAGCGGCCGCACGUGGAUGCAGGAGCGGAUUAUCUCCCCGACGUCGGCUCACUGAGUCUUAGAGAUGAGACGGGCAGAGUCCCUUUGGCCAACACCGCAGAAGGAGACAAACGCAGAAAGGAGACGCAGGUUCGAAGCCUCGACGUGAAGGAGACGCCCAAGGGGAGGGCCAGAGACAGCGCCAUCGGUGUCUGUCUUAGCGAAGACGUUGUGAGAACACAGGAUUUCGCCCUUCACAACCGCGUGAAGGAAGUCUCGCAUUCUAGCGGAAUGCAAGGAGAGCGCGGCAUAGACACUGCUACGCCUCCGCCUUCCGCUGUCCCGCUUCCACCUUCACCAAGGCAGUCCCCUUCUCCGUCAGCUGUCCCGCUUCCACCAUCACCAAGGCAAUCACCUCAUCCUUCAACGAAGACGGAGUCCCAAACCCAGAGCCAGACGCAGACGCGAGACGAAGCCAACGGCAACGCACACGUCCGCGCAGACGCAGAUAGGACACGGCAUCUCGGCACCGACCGAUGGUUUCCUCUUAGUAGUACAUAGUAGACAUAGCAGCU